CCAACACCCUAUUAAGAAAUGUUAUGUUGGUGUUUCCUUUAUUUUGGCAGUUAGCUGUAUGUGAGUGAGGUUUGACUAUUCAGCACUCAUCCACCCUGCCACAAGGUGGAUCUAUCCUCAUUCCAGUCAAUAUUUUUAAUACCUAGUUGCUCAAAUUGAAUACUGCUGUGUGUUUUGACCCUGGGUAGUAGCUGAUUUGUACAUCUAAAAAGACAAACACGCAGACUGCCCACUUUUCCUGCCCUAUGGUCAGGCUUGAGUCAAUCAUUACACAUAGGGUACACAUUCAACUUGAGUUGAGCUCUGUCCAGAUUUUGCCACACUGUCUUAGUGCUAAUCCCGACUCUGCAAUACACAGCUCGCACACGGAGCACAGAGGAAAUUCAGAGGUUCACCAUACCCGGUGUACAGGUGUUCCCUGCAAGGACAGCCUGAUGGCUUGUGUUGUGUCCCUGUAUCGGCCUUUAUCUUUACUGGCCCCUGUGGGGGUGAGGCGAGCCAUAGUUUGCAGAAUGUCACUGGACAUGCGAGCACGGGAGGUGUUUGCUUCGGCUAUCGAAGCUGUGCAACCAGACAUUGUGAUGCGGCGGGGUCUGGAGCGUACAGGAGACACCCUCCUAGUGAAUGGACGCAGCUUCACGCUAAAGAACAACCUUCACCUGGUAGGCUUUGGCAAAGCUGUGCUGGGCAUGGCUGCUGAGGCAGAGAGGAUAGUGGGGGACCACUUGGUGAGAGGAGUGAUCAGUGUGCCACACGGCAUUCAGGAGACAAUACGGCAGCAUGGGAAAGACCAGAUGUUGUUGAAGGAUGGAAGUCGCAUCACAGUGAUGGAGGGAGCUAAACACAACCUGCCAGAUGCUGAUGCCCAGAGGGCAGCCGAAUGUAUCAAGGAGCUGGUCAGCACACUAACAGAGAAUGACAUGUUGCUUGUACUCAUCUCAGGAGGAGGGUCUGCACUCUUGCCUGCACCAGUCCCACCAAUCUCUCUUCAAGAGAAACAGGAUGUUACACGUAGACUGGCUGGUGCUGGUGCCACCAUUCAGGAGCUUAACUCUGUACGCCGUGCCCUGUCAAUUUUGAAAGGAGGAGGACUUGCACACUGCGCUCACCCUGCUCAGGUGGUGGCCCUGGUUCUGUCUGACGUAAUUGGAGAUCCCCUGGACUUGAUAGCCAGUGGCCCCACAGUGUGGACUGAGGUGUGGCCUGAGGAGAUUUGGUCGAUCCUUGAACGUUACGGGCUGUCCUCCUCUCUCCCUGUCUCGGUGAAAGAGGUGCUUGGACGCUCAGCUCCCCGAUGGGAGGAGUCUGGAGAGCAGUCAGACAGGGCGGCACAUGUUCUCAAUGCUGUGAUUGGCUCCAAUAGCAUUGCUCUGGAAUGUGCAGGGAGACGUGCGCGGGAGCUCGGAUUCCGUCCAGUUGUGCUGUCGCCAGGGGUGUGCGGGAACGUACAGUCUGUCUCUCGCCUUUAUGGUCUACUGGCUCGCUUUGCCUGCUCCCGUGACGAGCCUCCUCCUGAGUUGCCUGCUGAGAUUCUGAAGCUGGGGCCCGAGACAGGCGUGGAAAGCUGGGACUUGUGCCGUGCUAUGCAGGUGCUUGGUGAGGGGCGUGGGGAGGGCUGGGGAGCCACCUGUCUGCUGGCUGGGGGAGAGCCCACUGUGCAGUUGACAGGCAAGGGGCGUGGUGGGCGGAACCAGGAGCUGGCCCUGAGAGUAGGGCUUGAGCUGGCAGACAUGGAGCUCCCUCCGAAGGGCCCCCUGUUCCUGAGUGGUGGGACCGAUGGUCAGGACGGGCCAACUGAGGCAGCAGGGGCAGUCACAGACGCGGGGCUUGGCAAAGAAGCACGAGCACAGGGGCUCGACCCUGAUGGCUUCCUCGUCAACAAUGAUUCCUUCACCUUCUUUUCACGCCUGUCUGGUGGGCAGCGGCUGCUCCUACCAGGGUUAACAGGUACCAAUGUGAUGGAUGUGCACAUGCUGCUCAUCCCACCAAUCCCCAUAGUUGUGUCUGGUCGUUGAUGAAGACAAGGGUAUGAAAGCUGUCAAUUACACAUUUCAGUAUGAAUCCAUACAGAGCAGACUGAGUAUAUUUAGAGCGCAGCUUUUCAAAGCUGACCAUGCCCAUGAUAUUCUUUCCAGCAAGCCCUUUUGGAGAUCCAUGUUUAAUUUAAAAAGCAGCAGUCAGUUAUGUCUAUGAUAAGAAUAAAUACAGUAAAUAGUG